UGUGUUUUGGGAUGUUAUGGAUGAGUUUGAGUGUGUUUUGGGUUGGUACGGUGUGUUUUGGAUGCGUUUUAAGUCAAUUUGGGUGAGUUUUGGAGUAUUUUAAGUGUGUUUGGGCAUAUUUUGGUGCCUUUUCGAUAUGUUUAGGAUGUUUUUUGUGCGUUUAGGAAUGUUCUGGGUAUGUUUAAGGUGUUUUAAUGUGUUUUAGUGUGAUUGGAGUUGCGUUUGAGGUGUUUUGGUUAUGUUAUAGGCAUGUUGCAGGUAAGAAUAGGGUCUUUGAGGGUAGAAGUAGUGUGCUUGAGGUAAAAUAAAAGAUUCUGGAGUAUUUUAGGAAGGGCCUAUGAUCGUAGAAACGUGUCAUGGGCGUUAUAGCUUGUGUUGUGAUAUAUGAAGCUACUAGAUGCAAGUGUGGGGAAAUUCUGGGUCUGGACGGGGUGUUGGGGUGUUGUGGUGUUAGAGUCCUAGCAGGGGGAGGUACUGGAGGUUGUAAGGAUGUGUAGAGGGUAAAUAGAGAGGUACACGGUAGGUUAGGCUAGGUUAGGUUAGGCGUUGAUUCAGUAAUACAAUGUAGAGGUAAUGUUCAGUUAUACGAAUUCAGUAAUACGAAUGUAGAGGGACAAAAGAGAAAAGCAGGAAGACCACCACCACCACCGCCACCGCCAGCACAGUGGAAGAAAGAUGUAAACAAAGCGGUGGUUUCCUUCCAGCUGGUGAUAAGACUUCCUCUCGCUCUCCCUCGCUCUCCCACGUCACGGAAGCAGUGAUAAGCACACGAGGAGGAAAGCAACGGCAACCCUCCAAUCCGGCAAGCAGUUGGCGGCAGCGAUGGCGGUGGCGGCAGCAGUGGUGGCGAGGCGGACGGCAGGGACAGAGGGGCAGUACAGGGUGCGGACAUCAAGGAGAAGAGGAACGCACGGACAAGCAAGGUGUUAUUCGGCAGUCUGAUCCUGGACCUGGUCGGCUUCAUGGCGGUGGUGCCUCUGUGUCCUGCUCUCCUUGACUGUUACUCCAAGCACAACACCAGCGGCUUGUAUUCCUCUCAGCUCUCCUGUGUGACUUAUUACCAGCAUAUCAUCGGUUUCGCUGCGAGGUUCCAUUCUGUCUUGUUUGGCACUGAUUGGCGUGGCAUUCAGCAUAGGCUUCACCGUCGGGCCAGCUGUGGGGGCCGCGUUGGGGGAAGUACUGGGUGGUUUGCGGCCUCGGUUGUCUACGCACUCACUCUCGCUGUGGCUAACAUAAUAUUCUUUGCUGUCUUCUUCCAGGAAUUGCUGCCUGAGGGCCUAAUGACGAUGAUUCCUGCUUUCAUCCUCAUCGGGGCUAGCAAGACCAAGCUGGGGCUGUACUCUGGACUGACGCUGUAUGCCAUAGGUUCCUCUUUGAUGGUGCCCUGCCUCACUGCCCUCGCCUCCUGCCACGGCACGGCCUCUCACAAGGGUACCCUGUUUGGCAUUCAGAGGUCACCAGGGGCUGUUCCAAGGACGUUCGGACCUGUUGUGAUAUCAAUAGUUUUGUUUGUGUUGUUCGAGUGUUUAGCUGUGUUUUGUGUGUUUUUUGGUGUGUUUUGAGGUGUUUUGGGGGUGUUUUAAGGGUGUUUUGGGUGUAUUUUUGGGUGUUUUGGUAUGUUUGGCUGUGUUUUGUGUGUGUUUUGGUGUGUUUUGAGGUGUUUUGGGGGUGUUUUAAGGGUGUUUUGGUGUAUUUUUGGGUGUUUUGGGUGUUUUGGUAUGUUUGGCUGUGUUUUGUGUGUGUUUUUGGUGUGUUUUGAGGUGUUUUGGAUGUUUUGGGGUGUUUUUGGGUGUUU